CACCAAAAUGGGGCAGAAGAGUGAUUUUUGAUGAUGGUAUUGGUGAAGUGAAUGGUGUGAGCUUAGAUGGAGUCGUGUCUCAACUUCGCAUCUUCCGCACCUUCUCGCCGCUCUGGGAUGCUGAGGAAACACUUGAAUUCCCCUCUUCUCACUAUUGAUUCUGCGCCACACUUCACCUCUUGCAAGGCUGAUCUUACUGCUGCAUCUUCAAGUAUUCCAUUGUCAAAUAUCAGAUAUUCUUGCGGAUCUUUGCAAAGUGUUUCAAAAGCAAAAUGGACCUCAAAUCAUUCUACCGACUAUUGGGUACUGCGUUCUACAACGCAGAUAGAAAAUACAAUCACAAGUAAUGAAGAUCGGAGUAUGUGGGAAGCAUGUAGGCAAGCACUUUCUACAUUUAACUUCAGCGAUGAAGAAAAGGACAAGAUACUUGGAAAAGCAUUUGGUCUUAUUCAUUCUCCUUAUUGGGGAGAAGAUCGUACUAAGGAAGUUCCCAAAUUCGAGGCAGUAAAUGCAACAUUAGACUAUCUAAGGAGUUUAAAUCUUUCUGAUGAUGAUCUAUCCAAGUUGCUCAAAAAAUUUCCAGAAGUUCUUGGAUGUAAUUUAGAGGAAGAAUUGAAAGCUAAUACAAAGAUCCUGAAGGAGCAAUGGGGUAUUGAAGGGAAAUCUCUUAGGAACCUUCUCCUUCGAAAUCCAAAAGUUUUGGGUUAUAAUAUUGAUUGUAAAGGAGAUUGUAUGGCACAAUGCACUAGAUGCUGGGUUCGAUUCUAGUUGAUUGGGUGAAACAUAUUGUUUUGUAAUAUUAAUUGACUGCAGCAUAACAUCAUUGUUCAUUUAUUCACCCUCUCCACCUUAAAUAAAGGAUAGAAUUGCAUGUGAAGAAAGGUUCUCACAUUUUGGGUGCUAAAAUCGACUUGGCAAGUAUGCGUAUGGUUUUUAGACAUUGCUGUGAAUUGCUGAAGUGUCCUGGACCAUGGAAUGAAGAAAAUCAAAGGUUGUGUAUAAUUUACAAAAUACAAAUCAUGUUCUUUUGUAACAAAAAUGUUUUAUUGUUCAUGAUUUGUUAUAUAGAUAUAUUUGCUCCUAUGUUGGUACAGUAUAGACCUAUGAUGUGAAUUUCACCUCCUUCAACACAUUUAUGGUGUUAAACAGGAUUUGUUAUUUGGGUUCCAGCUUC